AGCUUCCGGUUUUACUUUCGUUUUCUAAUCGACAUGGCUGCAAAAAGAAUCACUUUGCCAGGGACGGACUUGAACGUGUCCAGAAUAUGUCUGGGAUGUUGGCAGUUUAACGGGGGUAAAAAUACUGUCAACUGGGACGCCCAGACAGCCGAGGAGUCUAGGGCUAUAGUGGAUAAGUGUUUUGAGAUUGGUGUAAACUUCUUUGACACGGCAGAGGGUUAUGCCGGAUCAGAAGAGGUUCUAGGGGCGUGUCUUGACGGACGUCGACAGGAUGCCGUCAUCGCGACUAAGUUUGGAUUCCGGGAGGGACCCAAUACCCCACCCUACUCCCCCCAGCAGAUCGAUGAGGCCGUCACAAGGAGUCUAAACAAACUAAAGACUUCUUAUGUUGACAUUCUACAGGUCCACUUUGCCAGUUUCUUGGAGAACAUGGAAGACUCCGUUAAGGAACUCAACAGACAGAUCUCUCUGGGUCGUAUCAAGUAUUACGGAGUCUCCAACUUUGGGCCAAUCAACAUGAAGAACUUUGUGGAAGCCGGAGGAAAACCAAUCACAAACCAGAUCGGUUAUAACCUCCUCUGGAGGUCGGUGGAGAAUGAAGUGAUCCCCACGUGUCAGAAGUACGGGGUGGGUAUCCUGGCUUACUCCCCUUUACAGCAGGGGCUGCUCUCAGGGAGGUUCCUUAAGGUGGACGACGUCCCCCUCGGACGACGGAGAGGCAAACUCUUCUCUCCAGAGAGUUGUCAUCUAGCAAGGCAUGGACAAGAGGGGGCUGAGAAGGAAGUAUUUGAGGCAAUAGCUAAGAUGAGUGAUAUAUGUAAGAAGGCCAACGUCCCAAUGUCUAAGGCAGCCUUAUCCUGGCUACUGAACCAGCCCAAUGUCCCUGUGGCCAUAGUGGGAGCUAGGACGCCAGAACAAAUGGUGGAGAACUGUGAAAUUAUUGACCUACCUCAGAAUGUCAUUCAGGAGUUGACUGAUGCUACAGAAGCCGUGAAGAAGAAGAUCGGGAAUUCCAUUGACCAAUGGGCUCACCCAGAUCGCUGUGAAUGAUUGGACACUAUAUAUAGUUCAGUACUCACACCGAUCGCUGUGAAUGAUUGGACACUAUAUAUAGUUCAGUGCUCACACCGAUCGCUGUGAAUGAUUGGACUCUAUAUACAGUCUAGCACUCUAGAAAGUUUUAAUUGUUUUAUAUUUACGCAGCUUACUUGUAGGUAAUGGGAAUUCUGAAUGGCAUAAAGUUGUAAUGAGCAGUAUUAUUAUCAUAUAAUUGUUAAAUCAUUCAGCAAAUUUAAUAUUUCGUGACUAAGAAUUUAUUUGCAUUUUUUUUUUACAAUAUGCAUGUACAUGUACACAUUGGAUUGUACACUUAUAUGCACUUGUACAUGUUUAUGUAGAAAACUAAAUCAUGAUAAAAAUUUGAUUACUAAUUUUUUAAGAAUGAAAAUAAUUGAUAUUUUAAUCAUUAGUCUAAUUAGAUAGGAAACAUGCAAAGUCAAAUCUUCUAUGAAGAUGAUUCUGGUGAUAUUAUACAUUUAUUGACUGAGUUC